UCUGUUUUAAUAUAUAAGACAAAAACUGAAUAUCUCAUUUAAAGUGGUUAAUAUUAUUGCAAAUAUAGUAAACUGAAUAUCACAUAUAUAUAUAUAUAUAGGGUUUUGAUUAUAGAAACUAUGUGAAAGUGAUAUCACAUUUACGUGGAUAUAACUCAAUCUACCAAAAAAAUACAUAGGUUCUAAAUGGUGACCAAGAUAAUGAAUGAAAGAAAAUAGUAAAUUACUUAUCUUUUUUUUUUGAACAACAAGCAUUUUAUAAAGAUGGGGUCUAGACCCAAGAUGAGGUCAUGUUACAUAGGGAGGCCUUUGCAACACAGUCCGCAGGCCCAUUUUGUUCACGGGGAACAAAAGAGAAAAAACAGAAAUGGAAACAAGAUGAUAGAUUCUCGAUAUCCGAAAGGACUCCAUGGAGGUUCUUCGGUUUUGUAAUCGAGUUGAUGGCGUUGUUGAUGCCAAGGGAAUCUGAACGAAGCCAGAUUUUGGUAAAGCCAAGAUGAAUGGCGUGGGAUAGAGCUGACCGAAUCGCUAGACCCUCUGCUUGGAUCGCCGAUUGUACUAAGGUUUGCGAUUGGCAUCCUUGUUGCGGCGGAGAGUCCUGUGUGUUGAAGAUCAAGCCGAGUCCCGCUGAUGUCGUGGUCAGGUUCCAGGAUGCAACUGUGUUGCAAAUCAUCGUACCAGUUGGGAUCGAUCGUGGUGGAGCGAGCCCUAGAUCUCUCGUGGGGUUGGUGUGUUGUUUCUCAGCAACUUGAGCGUGCGUCCAUUCCUGAGCACUUGCGAUCGCUUUUGUCACCACAUUGAGGGGGGAGGUGUGGCGUGAUUCGAAGAUUAUUUGGUUGCGCGUCGUCAACAGUGCCCAGAUGAUCCAGAAAAAAAGAUAUCUCCGGAGACACCCGUAGGUGGGAGACAUAUCCAGAGCCUGGAUCCUUCAAGAGCUGAGAUAAAGGAGGCACAAGCAGUAGAGCAAAAGGUUGUUUUGAGUGGAACCAGUUCCCAAACCUGAGCUGCAAACGUGCAAUGGAGGAACAGGUUAUAUCCAGUGGGGAGGGCUUGGUGAAGUACUUUCCACGCAAGGAGCUUGAGUUUUGGUGAACAAGCCACGUUCCAGAUGUUUUUAUACCAACUGAAGUGUGCUUGGUUCGCUGGGGCAGGUUCUAGAUGAAGCGAUGUCUCAGUAGCAAUCUUGUAGCCUGAUUUUGCAGAAUAUGUUCCUGACUCUAGAAGGUACCAAAUGUAAGAAUCUUGAGCUCCCGUCAGGCUAGGUUUAAUUGACAAAAUCUCCUCUGCAACGAGAGGUAGUAUUUCAUUUAUCUUUUGAGCAUUCCAUAUACAUGUAUCUCUGCAACGAGAGGUAGUAUUUCCUCUUCCACCGCACCCUCAACGUUUCAGCCAUCAUCAAUGCUUCAGCCACCGUCACUUAAACUGAAAAAGACACAGAGUAAGAGACAACCUAAGGAUUGGCCCAUCUAUCUUAUAUAUUGCUUAUGAUCAUUUCCAAUUUCUGAUGUGGGACACUUUGUGUCUAAUACGCCCCCUAGAAAUGAUGGCUCUUUGAGCAUUAAUCUCUGAAUGUUCGAGUAAGGAUCGGUGGGGCAACUUUGGGCCAGACCGAUGUGAAUCGGGUUGGACUAUGUGGAUCGAGCUUUAAUACCAUGUUAAGUUAGAUUGGCUUCCAACCUAAAACCAAUUGGUGAUAAGUGGAUUGACACAUCUAUCUUAUAUAUUUCUUAUGAUCACUUCCAACGUCCGAUGUAGGACACUUUGUGUCUAAUAACCGGAAAGCUUGAGAUUGCCAUCUUCUCAGCUUGCCAACGGUGACGAACUUAAGACCAUGACGACAGAUUGAUUAUCUCCACAGCAAGCUUGUGAUUGUUAUCUGUACGGUGAGCAAGCACAAUCCUUCGAUAGCAUGACUUGAGAAGAAAUCCACAUACUAAAGAAACGUAUGGUUGAAAUAUGUAUUUUAUUUUUGUGCUUUAAGCAUGAUCCUUUGGAAAUGCAAAAUCCAUAAAUCCAACUGUUUUUUUAUAGAAAGAAACGUAACUGUUUAGGUUAGAGAGAAGAUCGUGAUUUUUCAUUAAAUAGAUGCAGUUAGAAAAUACAGUAGAACCUCUAUAAAUUAAUACUCGAUAAAUUAAUAAUUUAUAUAAAUUCAUAAAUUUCGCCGGUUCCAACUUGGACCGGUUCAAAAUUUGACACAAAUCGAUAAAAUAAUAAGAUAAUAAUUUUUUAGAAAAUUCUAUGUAAAUAUAUGGUCCCACUAAAAUUAUAAAUUAAUAAUUUAUAUGUAUACAUAUUUUAUAUAAGUAAAAACCUAUUAUUAUAUUGUUUGUUCUAUAUUCACCAUGGAAUUAUCUUUAUAUUUUCUUAACACUUAAUAUAUUUUUGAAGAGAUUUAGUAAUAUUAUUUCUAAUACCACAUUUAAGUUAUAUGCAAUAUAUAUUAUAUACACCAAACAAUAUAAUAUAAUUAAUCACGGGAGCUACAGGCGAUGGCGAUCCAGCGACGCUGCCAGGAGAUCCUAUCACGGGAGCUCAAACCGGCGAUUUCAUGGGCGAGCCAGCGACGACUAUGGGAGAUCCGAUCGCAUCUGAGCUUGGUGAUCCAAGCGAGCCGACAGAGGAUCCAGACGUGACCUCGCGCGACACUGCAGCUCCGGCGAAGGGGUCAACGCAUGAAACGGACAGUCUUCAAAGCUCUACGUCGCUCACUACACCACCAGCUGUCCAGGGAGUCGGAGCUUCAGAGACUCAUGACGGUGGCGCAUCAUCUCUCGCCCUGCUCACUCAGUCAACUGACGGAGGAGCAGCUUCGGAGGUACGCGAUGGUGGAGAGAAUCGGCACAAAUCUAUGACCGGAAACCAUGGAGAACAUUCGGAAGGGAGGGACGGAGGUAAGCAGGAAGAGCGUGUCCGAUCAAGCCCAUGGUCGAAGGACCUGGCCGGUAGAGCAGGAGCGGAACCUGUUAUCGACAUUGUCGAUGGCAUUGCAACACUUCAAAUCCCAGAUGCGAUCUUUGACGAGGCGGAGCUUCUCUGGAAAAGUUUCGUAGUGGGCUACUUCAUUGGAGACGCUCCCCACGUGGGCUCAAUUCACGCAACCGUCAAUCGUAUUUGGACCGCUCCCAAGGCGGGUAGCAAGAUUGAUGUCCAGUUUAUUGCGAAGAAUACUGUGUUGUUCCGAAUUGAAAAUGAUCAAAUGAGGAACCGGGUGAUUCAAAGAAAGUAUUGGCAUAUAGCGGAUAUUCCGUUGGUGGUUAAUGUCUGGACCCCAGAGUCUGCUCAGCAUCCUCCAGACUUGUCAGCCAUGCCACUCUGGGUUGACCUCAGAGGAGUACCAAACACACUUUAUUCCCAUAAAGGACUGAAGUGCCUGGUUGGGGCAGUGGGACAUUUUGUGAAACUGCAUCCGAACACGGAGAAAUGUUGA